CCGACCAAAGUACAUAGAUGGCAGGCUUCCACCUGCGCGCGAAUCUCAAUGAAAAGACCCUCAAGCCGCCCUGAACCACGUUCGAAAACUAUGUCUAGGUAUCUAUGUCUUGCACUCUGGAGCCAUUUCGCUGCGGCUGUAGUGUUGUCGGCUCCAACAGCUACAAUCACACCCUCGCCUGCUCUGCAUCCGAGAGCAGCUACGACGGUUGGGUACUAUUCGACUGGCUUCCAAGAUGGAACAGUUCUUUGGGGUACUGUGACUGUUCUAUCUGAAGGCGGAAUGGUCGCAACGUCGGGUAGCCUGUUUGCGGUGUGUCAAGCGAAUCCAUGCAACAUUGGAACAUGCUCUGCCGGCACCUUUGUGAUCGGCUCGACAACAACGGCUUGUGGAGCAGCCCAGAGCAGUACAUGCAGCUCCAACUUGUUGUAUCAGGACGUUUACGACACAGCACCACUCACAAAUUUCUACUGCGAUGUGGUGACUGAGACUGGGUUCACGAUGUACAAAGUUACCCCGACCGAACCCGUCUCAGCUUCUGCGCGGAGUACCUCGAGCGCGAGCUCAAGCGACAACGCAAGCGACCCCUCUUCCGCAUCUAAAGCCUCUUCAGCCACGGCCGCCUCGUCCACCGGAUCACAGUCAAGCCCUCUUGAAACGUCCGGCACACUACCCGGGUCAGCUAAGCCUAAGAAAUCUACACCUAUAGGAGCCAUUGUGGGCGGUGUUGUAGGAGGUCUAGCAGUGAUCGGUGCAGUGGUUGUAGCAGCGAUAAUCCUCACCCGUCGCAGGCGCGCAACGACACCGGCUCAACCGAGCUACACAGCAGUACCUCCUCCUCAGGAAAGUAAGCCGUACGUCGGCAUGGCUGUGGCGCCUCCCCCAAAUAAAAUACCCGAGGCCACAACGUAUCCCUAUGCCGUAGAAGUCGGAAGUACUUCUGCACCACCACCUCAGUCACCUCAGAGUCCAGUGCCUCAGUAUACUGCUUACAACCAACAGUAUUCUGCCCAUAACGGUGCCAUCGAAGAAUUACCGGCUCACAGGAUGUGAGCUAGGAACCAUGGGUAAGGAUGGUCACGGUAGAGCCCCGGGGGGCUUACACAUACCAGAAAUAUCAUUCAAACAUUGAAGGCGAAGGCUUGUAUAAGAAUCUUCAUUAUAAUUACAUUUAGUACGUAGCAUAUCCAUGUCCUAUUCACCAU